UUCUUGUGGAAAUCUUUUUGAAAAAGAAAUGGUGGACUAUGCAUGCAGCGUUUUUGUCAGCAUGUGGAGACGAAUCAGACUCUGACAGCCUCACACAGCAGAGCCUGUCUGACGGCGAGGAGCAGCUGGACCGCCUCCAGCAGGCCGAUCUCACUCGAAACACAUGCAUGUCGCUGUGGAGGGCAGGUGCAGUCCAGGCCUGGCUGGAGGUUGUCAUGGGAAUGCCCAUGUACAUCCGAGCCUGCUCUGAAAACGUCAAAAGUGGCAAGGUGCUGUUAGGCCUGACAGAUGAUGAUUUGGAGCUGGGUCUGGGUAUCAGUAACCCCAUUCAUCGCAGGAAACUGAGACUGGCCAUUGAGGAUUACAGGAGAGCUGAAGGGGACCAAGGACUAUCGAAAGCGUCCGAGAUGGACCAUCACUGGGUUGCAACGUCUUGGCUGAGUGACGUGGGGUUGCCUCAGUACUCGCAGACCUUCCAGACUCAUCUAGUGGACGGACGAGUGCUGAACUCUCUGAGCCGCAGAGACCUGGAGAGAUUCCUCAACAUCAGCGACCAGUUCCACCAGACCAGUCUGCUCAUUGCAAUACAGCUCUUGCAGAUACUCAGUUUUGAUAAAGAGGCCCUUCAGGCACAGCGAGCAAAAUGUGAACACCAAGACCGGGACCCCAUUGUUUGGACAUGUCACAGAGUAAUGAAGUGGAUCAGAGACAUAGACCUCAAGGAGUUUGCAGACAACCUUCAGGGUAAAGGGAUUCACGGAGCUGUGAUGGUUCUGGACCCGUCCUUUGACACAGACACCAUGGCCAAAGCCCUGGGGAUCCCCAGCAACAAACACAUGCUGCAUCGACACCUGUACGAAGAGAUGAAGUCACUCGCCGUCCCUCACAGCAAUGCAGAGCAGAGUGGUGAAGUUAUCGGUUCCUCUUCGCCUGUGGCUGUUAAACGCUUUGCCGAAGAGAGGGUGUCGAUGAGAAGAUCAGGAAAGAGUCCACUGAGGUUGCGUGCCAACAGCCACUCUGUGGAGAGAGGUCUGGGCUUCCACGGCAGCUGCGGCUCUCCGCCCAGAGAGGCCCGAGUUCAGGCCGUUCCCCGGGCCAAAGGCAGCCCGAUGCACACCUUCAAGAGUGUUGAAAUCACCAACGUCUGAACCAGCCUCCGCCAUCCAGACCAUCCACAUUGUUGCUAUUGUUUACAUUGCUAUUGUAUUAUAGUUGUUUACUACUGAGAAUUACCUACAAUCAGCAUUGAUUUACUUUUAAGAGUAACUUUUAAAGGGGUGUACCACUUGAUAUAAUGAUUCAUUAUUUUGGGCCAAUAUUAGAAUAACACACAUCCUCUAAACAGAAACAACAAUAAUUUUUGACCCGAAAUAUAAAUAUAAUGAAGAGGGAAAUUUGCUUAAUUUCGACUGAACGCCCAAAUAAGUUUUAUUUUAUGAGUUUAUACAAGGCUUAAGAAUAACCUACAAAUAAAUGAACACAGUGUUGUUCUCCUGGGUUGCCUUAUAUGAAAUAGGUCUCACAGCACUGUUGUUUACUGCUCUACUCUUUUGACUAUUUCUAACAAUACAGUAAAUAAAUGAUUAUGCUUGAGUUAUAGGAAAAAAAGUCAUUAUAACAUGCUUUCACUGUAGAGAUACAUAUCUGCUGUUGUAACCUGAACUGUGUCAGGUCAGCAGCUCUACAUAUAUGAGUGAGAUGUUGUUUCAUUUUCAUAACAUAAUUAAAAGAUAUGUCAUUUGGACAUGUGGGAAG